AUGAACGCCCCGCGGGCGCUCCAGCGCCACGAAUCUAUGGAAAUCGCAUUCUCUCGCGCGCUCGAACUCGAUCGUCACCGCGCCGCCGUGGACGACGCGAAGAAGCGCGCCGCUGAGCAACGGUGCGACUACCAAGCCUUUCGCCAGCUCGUGCUCGGAGCCAACUUGAAACCGAUCGAGAAAUCGCGAACGGCGGCGGCGACGACGACGUCGCGAGUGUUUCAUGCGGCUCAGAGUCACGACGUUCAGAUCUCGAACGUCGCGUUCGAUCUACGUCGCCCGCGCGCGUCCGAGGUCAACGGCGGCGGUUCGUUGACCGCGCCGUCGCCGCGCGCGCCGCGCACGGCGGAUGAAUUCGCGCGCGCAUGGCGACGCACGUGCGGAACCGACGACGCGUUGAAGACACAAUUCUUGUUCGACUUUCCGCUCGACGCGUUCGAGUCAGUGUUCAAGGUUGAGAUCGGGUUGGACGCGUUGCGCGAUUUCGUUCGACUGAUUCGCGCUCGCGUCGAGCGAGACGAAAAUUGCGUCGAGCGUGCGGCGAGCAUUCUGUGCGCGCUGACGCGCUGUGGUUGCUUUCGCGCGCACUUACGUUUGGCCGGGACCGCGACCGCGACCGCGGCGUUGGAAACGCUGCGUCUCGCCAAACCGAGCGACGCCGUCGAAUGCGCGCGCCAGGCGUGGGGCGUCGCCGAGUAG